UCUUUUUGCAUUCUGCUGCCGUCUCAUAUUGCACCAGGACACGAAGUGGUUGCCUAAUCCACAGUGUGGAGAUAAUUAGCUAAAUUCUCUGCGGUAACUGUCUUCAGCACGAUGGUUCUGGAUCUGGAUCUAUUUCGUGUAGAUCGGGGAGGAGAUCCCAACAAGAUCCGCGAGAAUCAGUCCAAGCGCUACAAGGAUGUGACGUUGGUUGACAACGUGGUCCAAGCCGACGAGCAAUGGAGAAAAUUGCGGUACCAGGCAGACACACUCAACAGACUGAAGAACCUGUGCAGCAAGACCAUAGGGGAGAAAAUGAAGAAAAAGGAACCAGUUGGUGAAGAGAGUGAGUCCACCCUUACUGAGGAUGAACUGGAAAAGCUGACACCAGAAGCCUUACAGGCAAUGAGUGUGAACCAGAUAAAGCAGAUCCGGACCAUCAUUGACAAGUCCAUCGUGCAGAACACUGCAGGACGGGCAGAGGUGGAGAAACAACGUCAGGAAAGCCUGAAGGAAAUCGGAAACAUCCUUCACGCUGAUGUUCCCAUUAGUAAUGAUGAGGAUGAAGAUAACAGAACAGAAAGGACGAAUGGGGACUGCACUGUGAGGAAAAAGUACUCACACGUGGACCUGAUCACCAUGAUUGAUGGGUAUGAUGGAGAGAGGGGCGCGGUCACUGCCGGCAGCAGGGGUUAUUACAUGAGGGGAAUAGCCGUGUUCCUGGAGCAGGCCCUGAUCCAGUACGCCCUGCGGAUCCUGUAUGAGAAGGGUUACACAGCCCUGUACACGCCCUUCUUCAUGAAGAAGGACGUCAUGUCAGAGGUCGCACAGCUCAGCCAGUUUGAUGACGAGUUGUACAAGGUUAUUGGGAAGGGUAGCGAGAAAGGAGACGACCAAACGGAGGAUGUCAAGUAUCUCAUCGCCACGUCAGAACAGCCAAUCGCAGCUUAUCAUCGCGAUGAGUGGAUGAAGCCCGAGGAGUUGCCAAUCAAGUACGCGGGGAUUUCGACAUGUUUCCGACAAGAAGUGGGGUCACAUGGGCGUGACACGAGAGGGAUCUUCAGGGUGCACCAGUUUGAAAAGGUUGAACAGUUUGUGCUGUCGAAACCAGAUGACUCCUGGGGUCUGUUCCAUGAGAUGAUUGGUAAUGCUGAAGAGUUCUACAAGACUCUGGGCAUUCCUUACCGCAUUGUCAACAUUGUGUCAGGAGCAUUGAACAAUGCAGCAGCCAUGAAAUAUGACCUGGAGGCGUGGUUCCCUGGGUCAGGCGCGUUCCGCGAGCUUGUGUCGUGUUCCAACUGUCUGGACUACCAGGCACGGCGACUACUGGUGCGGUACGGACAGACCAAGAAGAUGAAUGAAAAGCCUGAGUUUGUGCACAUGUUGAACGCCACCAUGUGUGCCACCACCCGAGUCAUCUGUGCCAUCCUGGAGAACCACCAGACUGAGGAGGGCAUCGUCAUCCCAGAGGUGCUCAGGCAGUUCAUGCCAGGUGCAAUUGAGUUCAUACCAUUUGUGAAGCCAGCACCAAUCGAAGAACAGGCCACCAAGAAAAAGAAGGCAGGGAAAAAGAAGGAGAAAGUCAAACCUACUCAGGAUGGUCCAGAAGCAGAGAAGGUCACGGAACAAGUCCAAAACAUGGCCGUGAACUAGGGAUAGGCAACCCUGUAGUCUAGGCUAGUGAGAAUUAAUGAAUUAUACAAUGCUGUCUUCCUCUUCUUUAUAUGCACCAAACUGUGUUGAAGAAAAUGCACUAUUUAAUUAUCUCUUGGUGUCUUACAACAUGUGAGGGAAAUUUGGUGGGUUUCAUCAAUGGAGAUCAACUACUACGGAAUGUGUAGGGGCUAUCUCAUUUAUCAAACAAUGGAUAGUGAGUGACUGAACUGUUGUUUGCUCCAAUUACUGCACAGCAGUGGUUAUUGCAUCAUUGUUAUCUUUGUCUAAAUUGACCCUAUUUGGACAGAAACUUGAAUGGACCACAAUUGUACACAUUUGAUGAAUUUUGAAUCUCAUAAUUUGAAGCAUUGCUAUCUCAUGUAUGUCAUACUGAACAAAAUCUUCAUGUUCACAUAUUUUGCUGCCAGUUGUAGGUAACAUAAUUGCAAACACUAGUCUGUCUAUGAUGAGUUUCCUCUAGAAUAUAAGUUCUCUGAACAUUAUGUUCCUUCUCAGAUGUAAGUUACACUUUCAGCAGGAUAUUGGUUACUGUAAUUUAUUGCCAUUUUAUACGAUGAAUGUAUGCAAGGUUUGAACCGUGCCACUGUUUCUGAACUUUACUACAUUUACUUCUCUGAGUAAGAGACAAACAGGUAAUGACUUUGGGAAAAGUAACAAAUUGUGAUUCACUUGCACAACAUUGAAAGAUGAAAUAUGACUUGAAGGAAAGCUUAAAUACUUGAAUAUCUGACAAGCCUCUAACAGUAUGUACCACUUAAUACUAUUUUAUUUGGUUCAUUGGAGUACACAGGGAAAUUGCAAGUGUUAAAAUGUUGCUACACAAAAGGAUAAGGAAACAUGUCUUGAACCUACAUGUAUACACCUGUAAGAUUAGGCCUGAAUGUAGGUGGGUACUAAUCCAUUGUGAGGUGAGUGUGCUAGUCAAGCUGGAGCACUCUGACACUAAAGCAUAUAAAAAAAUCAUAUACCAAAAAUUUAUACCUUUCAUAAGAAAUGUUGGUUUAGAAUCAUGAUAUUUAGUUCUACAUGCAUACCCAAAUGAUUUCUCCAAGUUGUAUCUAAAUGUCCUUUUUCAUACCUAUACAAAUAAGACUCUUAUUUUGACAGGUGUGUACUGUGAUUAAGGUAAAGUUAAACUUUGCAUGGUUAGAAAUUAAAAUGUUAAGACUGAUAUUUGCCAGCAAUGGGAAUAACUUUCCAACAGGUGUAACGUUUUACUGUGCCUGCCAAGCCUGCAUGUAGAACAUUAGAUAUAUAAGAGAAAAAAGGUAAAAUUGGUCAAUGGUAUUACAGAUGUAUCAUGAGGGGACCAACUGUUUUCCAAAAAGACUUGAUUAAUAGUUGAGAUGGUAUUGAUGUACACAUGUACUGGAAGGUGACAUUGGAAGGUAUUGAUGUACUGGAACGAUAACAUCACUGGCUUAGCAUAUUAGCUAUACAUAGGUAUCAAUGCAAAUGCUCUGUUGCCUGUAUGCAAACUGCAAUAAAGGUAAUGUCCCUGGAAAA